AGUUCGAUAGAUCGAACAUUUGAAAUACUAAAUCGAUCUUGAGCAGCGAAGAAUCUUAACCGCGUUCUUGUUGUGAAUCUUCCCUCAUCUUUUUUUGGCCAUUUUGCUAGUGAAUUCAUUAUUCUCUUUUUUCCUUCCUUAAUUGUUAUAAUUCAAAUAAAUUUUUUUUCAAUCUUCAAUUAUGGCUUUAACCAAUUCUACAAAAGGAGAUGAUACUCAAAAACAAGCUAAUGACGUAGCUAAUGAAAAGGCAGAGAAAACUGUCCAAGAGCCAACUCGAACUCGAACGAGUCAGAGGAAAGCAGCCACAGCUGCAGUCAAUGCAAUGAAGGAACAGGCUCUUGGAGCUAGAAAGGCUGAAAAUGAAGAUGAUGAAGGUAAAGUCAAGCGAGGUGGUAGAGGAAGACCAAAGUCAGCUCAAGAAAAAAGUGCACCCAAAAGUGAAAGAAAGAGGGCAGUUUCCAGUGAAGGAGAUGACGAUGAAGAAGAAGAAGAAGAGACAAAGACCAAGAAAAGUCGAGGUAAAGCCAAGGGAUCAAUUAAACGAAAAAAGGCUGCAACUGGAGGCAAAAAGUCAAGUAAAGCUGCUAGCAAAGAUGAAAAGUCCAAGGAAUCAGCCUCUGAGACUAAAGAUGAAGGUAAAGGUCAAAAAUCAGAGGAAAGUAAUUCAGGAGAGGAAAAUACAUCUAAAACUGAUUAGCAUUGGUAAUAUUUUAACUUCACAAUCGCUUCAUCAGUCAUUGACCGACAACAUCUAAACCUUUCUAUACCUUCCUCUUCAUUAGUUAAAUUAUUCAUCAUAUUAUUUUGACAUUUGAAACCAAACUCUAGGUUACCCUCAAUCAUGACUAUCUACUCCAACUACAGCUUUUUUCCCACCUUUGAACAAAUUUUUACUUUACAACACUUGAUUUAAAACAAUAUAUUAAUGCUAGUUGAUAUACUUUUGACAUUUACCUCCCACCAUUUUCAGGACCAAUCUAAGCACCUUCAUCAACUCUAUGACCUCCAAUAAUUUAAUCAUUUUCUUAGAGUAAGGAGCCCAAUUAAGCACUGAUUGAGAUAUAGAAUCAUUUUUUUCUGCCAAUUUAUACCAACAUUUAUUUGUGUAAAUCAUUUUCACCGAACAUGCAUUAAUAAAAAAAGAUCUGGUAUCUUUGGUUUCAUAAAA